GCCAAUCAAUACGCUUAAAAACUUUGUCGUACGACAAAUGUAAUACCAGCCUUAAGCGAGUAUCGCAAUAGCGAGGACGGUCGCUGAGUGGCUGGCGGGAGCGCGGCGGCGCGGCAGCCGCUGGCGCACUUGAUUGGCCGGCGAGACCUUGACCGCGCGGUGACAGCGGGCGCAGCUGAUUGGCCGCGGGCGCGCGAUAAACGUCGCUCGACGACAAGAGCGGCGCGCGCAGCGUGUGUAUCGGCGCCGUCGGUCGGCAGCAGCGAGCCGGCCGCGCAAGAGCAGUCGCGAGCGGCGCGAGCGUAGGCGAGGGUGGAUCUCUUCUCUCUUCCCCUCCGAUGAUGAACGGCGCGCGAUAGCUGUCAGUACGCGUUUCCCGUGGGUGCCGCGUCUCGUCGAGCGUCUCGUGCGCGCGCCGUGCGAUGCGCCGUGUGGCCGCCGGUUUCGCGCUCGCGGGAGAGACGUGCCGUACGACGACAGCGGGCGGUCGCUAGCGCCCGAAAAUCGCGGCCCCGGAGUUCCUGGACGGACGCCCGCGCGCGCGCUCCGCCGUGGAUUUACCCGAGGGGUUGGCGCACGAGCAGCGUGGCGAGACGGUGGAGGUACGCGGCGGAGGGGCGCCGGAGCAGCGGAUAACGCGGAGCGGCGAGUCCGAUAAUCCGGCGAUGGGCGGACGGACGAGGGGACUCUGAGAGCUUGUAGCGAUAUACACUUCGUCGCCGGCUCGAACUGGCUGGCCAUCCGGGCCGAGUUUCAACGAGACGAUGGAGGCUUGCCCCGCGAAUGUAUCCAGGAUAGAGGGUGCGUAGGACUCGCGCAGAGGUAGACCAGGAACGAGAGAUCCAGCAUGGGGAAGUGUUGCAGCAAACGGCAAGAGUCUCAACCGAUCGGCUAUAAGAAAGCAGACACGGGACUCAGCUCAAAGCACAGCAAUGGAGGUUCCUUGGACCGAUACACCGCCGACCCAAAUCAGAGAGGCGUGCAAGCUCGGGCGGAUAUUAUCCGACCGAGGCCGACACCCUGUAAGCUACAGAUACCGCAUCAGCAACCCCGUAAAACGAAUCCGCCUGUUAAGUCUGCAUCGCAUUCACAAAGGUCCAACAAGAUCGUGGUGGCACUGUACAAUUACACGGCACGAGAGAGCACCGACGUUAGUUUCAUGAAAGGCGACCGAAUGGAGGUCCUCGACGACUCCGAGCCGGACUGGUGGAGAGUGUUGCACUUAACGACUCUGCAGGAAGGCCUGAUCCCUUGGAACUUCGUGGCUGUCGAGCGGUCGGUCGAGAGCGAAGAUUGGUUCUUCGAGAAUGUGUCGCGUAAGGAGGCGGGCAAGCUGCUGCUGGUCGACGAGAAUCCUCGCGGGACGUUCUUGGUGAGGCCAAGCGAGCACAAUCCCCGGGGUUACAGCUUGUCGGUCAAGGAUUGGGAGGAAGGAAGGGGCCAUCAUGUGAAACACUACAAGAUUAAACCGCUCGACAAUGGCGGCUUCUUUAUCGCCACCAAUCAAACGUUCUCCAGCUUACCGGCUCUGGUUAUGGCAUACAGCAAAAACGCGCUGGGUCUCUGUCACGUACUCUCGAAGCCCUGCCCGAAACCGCAACCGGACAUGUGGGAUCUCGGGCCUGAGCUGCGCGACAAGUGGGAGAUCAACAGGAACGAGAUACAGCUGAUCUCGGAGCUCGGUAACGGCAAUUUCGGCAAAGUUUAUUACGGCAAGUGGCGAAACAAAAUCGAGGUGGCGGUAAAGACGCUGCGUCCAGGGACCAUGUCGACCGAGGCGUUUCUGCAGGAGGCAGCCAUAAUGAAGCAAUUCCGACACAGGCAUCUGGUCGCGUUAUACGCGGUCUGCUCGAAGGAGGAGCCCAUCUACAUUGUGCAAGAAUACAUGUGUAACGGCAGCCUGUUGGACUUUCUCCGAAAGGGAGACGGCAAGUACAUGCAGUUCGAGGAUUUGAUCUAUAUUGCGGCCCAAGUGGCCUCCGGUAUGGAAUACCUCGAGAGCAAGCAGCUCAUACACAGAGAUCUCGCAGCGCGGAACGUGCUGAUCGGCGAGAAGAACAAGGCGAAGAUCUGCGACUUUGGUCUCGCUAGGGUGAUCGAGGACGACGAGUACUGUCCGAAGCAGGGCAGUAGAUUCCCUGUCAAGUGGACCGCGCCGGAGGCCAUCGUCUACGGCAGGUUCAGCAUCAAGAGCGACGUCUGGUCCUACGGAAUCCUGUUGAUGGAGCUCUUCACUUACGGACAAGUUCCUUAUCCUGGUAUGCACGGCCGUGAAGUGAUCGAGCAAGUGGACAAGGGCUACCGUAUGCCGAAACCAUUGAACCAUCCGCUGCCCGACAGUAUCUACCGACUGAUGCUGCAGUGCUGGGACGCUAGCCCGGAGAAGCGACCCACGUUCGAGUUCCUGAAUCACUAUUUCGAGUCGUUCAACGUCACUAGCGAAAUACCGUAUCUCGAACCGCCGACGGACUGAUAUACAGCCCAUCAAUAUAUGCAAAAUCAUCAUCUGCCGCCGCACGGUCACUUUCACCCAGCCCACAUCAAUUGUGCCAUGGAAUUUUAUGGUAUUUACUGCUAAGUAAAUCAUUUAGCAUGUAUCACGCUGCCCUCAUCGGAACCUUCGCGGACUGGGUGCAUCAUUCUCAUGGGGAGAAACACAUACGCGUCCUCUGCACUGCUGUCGCGGGUGGCAUUUUUUUUUCGACUGCGAAAUUUUUCUACAGAUUUUGGCGACCAAUCUUCACGAGUAACAGUGCCGCGAAUUUCCCGAACUAUCACUGUCAAAUGCUGCCGAAAAUUUCACCCUUUCUCUCUCGUUUUGUCUCAUCUCUCCCUUACGUGUCCUUAUAUGUCCUCUAGUGUUAAGCACCAAAAAACGUCAAACGGAUUGGAAGUUGUGUGUGCCAUGGUGUUUUUUCUAAGUACCGUUCGCAGGAACGAAUUGACAAGAUUCUAAUCUUCAUGACCAAUCAGGCGUUAACCGUAAUAUUUAGAAUCGGAAGCGAGAUACGACUGCGAUCUCGGGCUCGCAGGGGCACCGGCGAGUCGUUUUGCCUGCCCGUAAAAUUCGCGGUCACUUAAGCGCGUACUUUUCGUACUUUCGACGACGAGCAACUACAAUAAAGACGCUAGCAAUGUCAGUUAAAUUUAGACACGAAUCACGGUAUUAGAGAGUAACGUGAUGUAAGUUUGGAGGUAAAAUUCGGAAUUAUAGAUUAUACAGUAUAAUCGUAUAUUAGUAUGUUAGCGUACGAUUACAAGAUUAUAUAUAUAUAGAGUGAAAAAGAGAGAAAGUGAAGGAGUGCAUGCGUAUGCGUGUUCGCGCGUAUUGUGAAUUUGUGACUUGUCACACAAGAGCAUGUUGUAUUUAUAUUUUAUUGAUCUCGGAUCACGGUUACAUCCGAAUUUUCCUAAAGUCCAGUUUCUGGAUAUGUAACUCUCGAGAAACAAACUUUCGUACGUACCGUUCGUGGCGAAACCGCUAUCACGGACGCGUGACUUUUCAAGCGAGGGCUGAACGUAUGUAAAAUUAGAUGUAAAGGAUAUCCAUUACGGACUUCUCGCGUAUAAUUUGUCCGCUGAGGGGAACUCGGCAAGAGGAUUCUCGACUGGAACGGUUACUGCGCACAAGCCGCCGUGAAGCUUAUUUUCGAGACGAUAUUAAACGGUUUGACUUUAUUCCUCCUAAAUAUUAAGAGUCGUGUGUACGUGCGCUUGCCUGUUAUUGCUACGCAAUAAUUUCAUUUCGGUUGUAAAACGCACGCAAAGUGAGACGCAUCCACCUGGGACAUGGGAGAAAAUCUCGGUGUUCAGUCGAGAGUUUUUCUAUCUCAUGGGAGCAACCCUUCGGUAGCACAACUUGUUAACUUACUCUCCGAGAACGAUCCUCGACGACGAAAACUCUCGAGUAUGCACACAGCCAAACGUGUCUGCCAAAAACAGGUCCGAUUGUAUUUACGAUUGUAUCCGUAUUUCUAUCGAUCUUCUUUUGUAUAGUUUUUUAACGCAGCACCCCGACAUAUUUAAUACUGUCGGCGCUUUUUUUUAACUUGAUUUUUAUCCCGUAACAAUGCGGCGAAUACCUCGCAUGAAUUUGCAUUGUUUUUAUUUCGACAAUCGCUGUACAUUGGUGUUGAAUUACGACGCUCUUUCGCGAAGUACCAUUAGUCUUGUUGAAGAGAGAAAAAAGAAGGGUAUAAAAAUUAGGAUAGACGAGAGAGGCGAGAAAGUUACUAGUAUCCGGAAUAAGUGCGAAUGCGUGAGUGCGUUUGAGAGACAAAAAAAAACGUAAAAGAAAAAUAUCCCGAAGUCCGGUGUCCGCGUGAGUCGACGCGGGCGGGCUUCGCGCCGGGAUAGAUCGGAAAUGCAUUUUCGGAUAAACUUAAGCCAUCGAUGUUACUCGUACAAAGUGUCGAAAAAUUGUAAAUUUUCUACUUAAAGGAGAAAGAAAUACAAACGACGGUGAUUAGAGAAUAGGGAUUACUUAGACGAUAAGCGUGACAGUUUCGUCGGCGGAUCGGCGACUUUGCUCCCUUCGCGGUGCUCGAAAAAGGUAUAUUCCCGCGAAUCGCAUCCGACAGCUCGGGAUUCAACGUCGUCCCCGCGCGGCACGUUACGCGCGCGAGACCCGAGAUUGGGUCGAUUGCACCAACGUCGGUCAAAGCCGGCUCUGGGUGUUAACGUCAUUUCUUUCUGAAUUAUUUUUUUUAAAUUCCAAUCAACCAACGAUUAACGCUUUAAACCAGAUAAAGAUAAAAAAUUUAGAAAUGUAUGAAAUAGACUACUAGUAUUGUAACAGAAAGGAGAAGAUGGCUCAUCAUUGGAUGCAUCGAACACCACUGUGUCAAGAAAGUGCACGGUGGGCGAAUGAAGCCUUAAUAUAAAAAUUUUAAUUAGUAUUGCCAUCGUUGCUGCUCGAGCUACAUUGUGGGCAGACUGGACAGACCUAUAAUCUGAGAAGGAUGGCGAAUAGUUAACUGAAAUUACUCAACCCUAAUUGUCGAUGCAAUCAACCGAGUAAGGCAAUCUACGGUGAUUGCAUCACAGUCGGUUUACAGCGAUGAUUAAUUUCGUUCUUUAUCUAUUUAUGAUUUAAACAACGACGUAAAAAAAAGAAACGUUAAAUUGCCGAUGGAGAUGAAAUGGCCAAAGACGACACGAGAAGAAAAUGUUACGUGAUCCUAACAUCUAAAACAUUCUGCAUCAAGUUUGCUCGUUAUAAUGUUAAUCGAUUUCUCCUUUCCUAUCUCUCUUUGCAUCGUAGCGGAAACUGAUUUGCAAAGAAACAAAAUAUUGGAGCCUAGAGUCGGCUGGCGAGACUGUGGGUGCGAUCGAUCUUGAAUGUAUACAUUUUACUGUGUCACGAUAAACGCGAUGAGCCAUUACGAUACGAUAGAUAUUAGUGAUUAAAGUGAAAACAAAAUGUGAGUGCGUUGCGCGCAUGCGAGCGUAGAAAAUUGUUACAUCCGUGUCAGCGUGAUCCUCUUUUCAUGUGUAUUUUACUGCGACUAAACAAGAGAGAGCAAUAACGCGGUAAACCCACAUAUACACCGAUUGUUGUGCGAUAAGUUAAAACCUUGCUGCAAUAUCAAUCUCGUAUCUUCGCGUAGGAGAAUGCAACGGAGGAAGAAGCGAUUUCGAAUACCAGAUAUCUUAUUCACAAGAGUAUCAUAUGAAAAAUUGGCAAACGUAUAAAUAAUUGUCGUUAGGGAAUUUAAACGAUAUUUAUUAAUAUAGUAAUUAACUGUUUGAGCUGAUAUUAAUUAUCGACAACGUGUCGAUUGUAUCGAAAUACUCGCGACGUGGCCGAAGAAGUCGAAACGGCGCAAAUAUCCAACAGAGAUGUCAAAAGGACAACCGACGUUUUCCAGACGCCUUUCUUCUUUGUGAAUAAAUUAUAACAAUUUGUAAAAUAUUGUCUAGCUCAUUUGCGUCUAGUUGUUAUAACACACAAACGUCUGGAAGACGUCUCGGUGUCUUCUUUGACGUCAGAUAUGGUAUCUUUGUGACGUAUCUUGGACCCCUACGUUGCUCGGAUAGACCUUGAUAUUGCGGUAGCAUUUAUUUUACGAAGAUCCUAUCUGUAAGAGAAAUCUUCACCGCGAUGUUUACGCGGUACGUAGCAUAUUUCCAAUAAAACUGUAGCGACAUCGCAUGGAAGAGUGCGCGUGAAAAGGCGUUCACGUUUACGUAGCGUUAGAGAGUAGGUGUAUUACGUCCAGUACAUUUUUUCUAUGAGCGUUUUAUACCGAUGAUAAACUUGUUUUCUCAUGAUAAACGAUCACUUGGAAAUUUCGCUGAUGAUGACGAUGAUCAUGAUCGCUGCCGUAGGUCGUAG